AUGGAGUCGGAUGGGGGGAAAAGGGAGCGAGGGAACAGCAACAGAUUCGCUACGACCAACGGCCGACCUAACCCUCCAAAUAAUGACGGCGGAAACAUCGCAAAUUCGCCAGGACGACCUGAGUCGCCAGAAAAUAAUGAUGGGGAGGCGAUGGAUAGUUCACAGGUGGACGAGUCCAGGCCGCAGGGCAUAGAUAUGCUGGGAGAUUCGCAGGAGCAGGUCUAUGGCAUCCAGAGCGAGAAGAACCAAGAAUUUGCGAACUGCCCGCCGCGGGACGAUUGCCUGUUCCAGUGCAAUUCGAAACCCUACUCUGAGAGCACGUCGAGGCAAGGUGCGAUAUUGGAACCUCCCGUGACCAAGGCGACUCUGAGCGAGUUGGAUGUUACCAAGAUUGUCCACAACCCAAAGCUGCGACAUGAUAUCAAUUUCGACCCGGAUUUACACUUUAGACCGAACCUCGACGGUGAGAAGGGGCGGAGGAAGACACAAAAAGCGAAUCACUUUUGGGAGACGUUGCGAGAACAACUUUUGCAGUAUCUCCAAAACCGUGAUCAGUUCGAGGCCCAACUGGGGAAUACAGAAUGGGCCCUGCCUACAACCUUGAAAGCCAUUCGAGGCAUCCUUGAAACUCUAGUUCCUCAGCGAGAUCGCGCAUCUGUGGAGGAGACAUUUAAUGUGGAUUUAUUGAUGCAGCAGUUCCGAAUGGGAGUUGCAGAUCUUCUCAAGCUAGCCACAUGGCUGUGCCAGCUUCUGAAGUGCCACUGUGCUCCGAUGAGGGAUGACUGGGUGGAUGAGAUGGUGACGCAGUUGAGUAACGGGCAGCGAAAUGGUGAUGUAGAUUUGUUGGGCGCCGGUAUGCGAAACCUGCUGGGCGUUCUUGAAGCCAUGAAACUUGAUGUGGCUAACCACCAAAUUCGAUGUCUACGGCCGCUUCUUAUCGAAGAUACAGUCCACUUUGAACAGAAGUUUUUCAUGAAGAAGAUUGCGAUGCGAAAAGUUGCGGUUGCUGGAGCUCAUGCGUGGUAUACGGCAGCGAGGAGCUUGCCCGAUACUGUCCCCUUGGACACAUCACUGCACUUGCAAGGCAGUAUGGUGACUUUCAUGAAAGCUCUGGUCAACCUGACACUACCAUCACGAGCAGAGGCCAUUCCACAUACCUUUCUCUUCGAUGAAGAGCGCUUGAUCAAGCUCCGUUCAGAUGUGCUAGACUUGACAAACUUCGAGAUAUUAAUGCAUCUCUUCCGGAGUCUCGAGGCCCAAAACAAACGCGAGACCAGACAUGCCACCCUCGACGACACGCCAACGAUGUCCUUUACAUCAUCGCCUUUCUAUCGACCUGCGUCUCCAGCGGACGACACCAUGCUUUCCUCCCCAACGAUUCCCUUGCCCCAUCACUUCACGUCUCGACCUAAACAUGUCGCACAAGAGUGUGGCCACUUCAUCCGCACGGUAACUGGUAAACAAGUUUGGGUACCCAGCGUCGACAAUGACGUCGCUAGUUCAUCAACAGGUUCCAGCCCACAAUCCUCACCAUCUUCUACUGCAUCAACCCCAGAGACAAACCCCCCAACACCAUUAUACCUCUCUCACCCCGUUCCCGAGUCAGCUACUCAGGCGCGAGUUUCCUUCCAGGCCAUCCUAUCCUCUCUCGGCACAGCCGACAAAUGGAACACCCUCUCCCCAUCACUCGCUCUCGAGACUCUCCGCUUAACAAACACUCCACUUAACCGACUUCCACAUUUCGAAUCACAUCUCGCAUUCCACAUCUCAAACCCUGCCUCACGACUAUAUCAAGAAGCCGAAUUACAUGUUCUCUCGCAGCUGUUCCCCGUUCUGCAAAGGCUCGUAGCUACGUUCCAUCCUUUAACAAGCCUGCAGAUUUUCGAAGCUGCUACUAGCCCGAAGUCAGGACCUGGUCGGGCUAGGCCCCAAAGCAAUGUCGCAAAGGACGAGAUCACGGAUGUUGCCACUAGGGUUGCACAUAUUGGGGUCUUGCACUGGAGAGUUUGGGCCCCAUUGGCUUACCUUGUCGAUCCAGAUGAGGAGGGCGCGGGCGAUGCUUUGAUUUGA